GGUACAUGAAAUGAAGGUGAACGAGACAUCGACAUCUUCACCUAUUAAUAUUUUACCAACUGAGACUCCAAUGUCUCGAUUAUUAAUUAAGCCAUUUGAUGAGAGAUAUUCGACACAAUCAAUAAUCGAUGAGGACGAUGUAUUAGAAGAACCAAUUGAUGAUGACGACGUGUUAGAAGGACAAACUUUCACAUUUCUUCCACGUGAUUUUGGAGAUGAUUUUGAUAAUUCUGAAGAUUCUGAUAGUAAUUCAUCAACUGAAAAUGAUGAAAGAGAU